AACGCUAGCUCAGUCACUCACUUGCAUACUGCAAACACAGCGAACACUGACUGAAGCACUAGCACGAGUUCUAGAGAAGUUCAACCACAUCCACAGCGACGAUGUCGUCCAGGCAGGCGGACAAGCGGGAGGCGCUUGCGGAGGCGGCCGCGAGGAGCGCGGCGGAGGAGAUCGCUCGGUCCCGGGACGAGCGCGUGAUGCAGGCGGAGCAGGACGCCCGGCGCGCCGCGGACGAGAUCGCGCGCGCCCGCGCGGACCGGGAGCACGGCGUCGGUGCCCACGCCGACAACACUCACGGUGCCGGCGCCGGCGGGGGCGGCAUCCUGGGGUCCAUCGCGAGCGCGGUGGGCCGCACGUUCGGCGCCGCCAAGGACACCACUGCGGAGAAGACGUACCAGGCGGCGGACUACACCGGCGAGAAGGCCAGGGAGACCAACGACAGCCUCGCGCGGAAGACGAGCGAGACGGCGGAGGCGACCAAGAACAAGCUGGGCGAGUACAAGGACUACACCGCCGAGAAGGCGACGGAGGCCAAGGACACGGUUGCGCAGAAGACGAGCGAGACCGCCGAGGCGACCAAGAACAAGCUCGGGGAGUACAAGGACGCGCUGGCCGGGAAGACGCAGGAGGCCAAGGACACCACCGCGCAGAAGGCGCAGGAGAUGAAGGACGCCACCGCCCAGAAGGCGAGGCAGGCAACGGAUACGACCAAGCAGAAGACCAGCGAGUAUGCGGAUGCCACCAAGGGGACCGCCCAGGAGGCCAAGGAGAGGACCAUGGCGACCUCGCAGACCGCCGCCGACAAGGCCAGGGAGACGGCCGGCGCCCACGAUUUCGAUAGGGGUCAGCAGCAGGGAACUGGCCUGUUCGGGGCGCUGGGCAACAUGACGGGCGCGAUCAAGGAGAAGCUGACGCUGAGCUCGGGAGCGCAGCCGCACGAGGGAGCAGGCCACGCCGUCCGGCUGGGCAGCGAGGACGACCGCGCGGUGAAGGAGCGCGCGGCGGAGAAGGCGGCGUCCGUCUACUUCGAGGAGAAGGACCGGCUGGCCAGGGAGCGCGCGGUGGAGAAGUGCGUGGAGGGGUGCGCCGGCUCGUCCUGCGCCCACCGCAAGGGCAAGAUGUGAGCGGCGUGGCCGGCCGGCGUGGCAGGGGCGUCGUGGCGCACGUAGACACGUAUCGUGCCCUCCUGCCAUGCAUAUGCCGUCAGUCCAUGCAUGGACAGCAGAAGAAAAAUAAACUAAUACUAGUAGUGGUAGCGCAGUAGAGCCUUUUAUUUUCCAACUUUUAUUUCCCAACUUUGUGUAUCUUUCGUUCUGCUGUUCUGCCACACGUACU